AUGGCGGCGGGUGGAGGAGCAAGCAGUGGGAUUUCAGCCCCUUACGGCUCUUUGCAAGACACUCCCACUUGGGCUCUGGCAACUUGGCUUAAAAAGCACAGGAAGACUGCCUUGUUUGAGGCUGUGGAGAAGCUUAAAUCAGGUGAUCUAGCUAGCACAAACUGA